UGUUUUAUGCAAAUACUACAUAGAUUCACUAGAGAGAAAGUGAUAAGUGUCUAAAUUGAUACAAUCUUACUACUUUGCUAUGGACUUAUUAUAAAUGUUAGUCAACUUUCUUAAUAGCUAGUUGGAGAAUUAUGUUUGCGGGUUAACCCACGACCCAACCGCCCCCAUCUGGCAUCCAUCCAACCCGACCCACAUAAGAAAGUGAGUGGAAUGCGGGUCACGAUUAUUUCAACCCGCUAGUAAGCGGGUGGGUCAAUUUGAGAUGAAAACCCACCCAAUCCGUCCAUUGCCCACCCCUAGGUCAUGCUUGCUCUUGAUCAUCAUUAAUCAGCUUACUAAUGAAUGCUUAAAAUUAAACCCGAAUCUAAAUAAUAAUAUAUCGUUCAAUACAUUUCAUGUCAAAGGUACUACUUCAACUUCGUAUGGUUGCAAAAUCCAAUACAUGUGACAUAGAGUUACAAAUAAUAAUAUCUCGUUCAAUACAUUUCAUGUCAAAGUUAUUUAACUAUAGUACUACAUUGUCAAAGUUAUAUAAGAAAUAAUAUCAUUACAUUACAUGUGAAUUUAUAAUCCAAAAUCCAAUACAUAGACGUAGAGUUACAAAUAAUAAUAAUAAAAAAUUCAUCCAGUUAGUGAGUACCAACUAGUAAGACAUAAAACACAAAGCACCACAAUAUUAUCAUCAUUCACAAACAUCAUAGAAGGGUGACUUUCCAAGUUCCGACUCUUAAACAAUGUUUGAGACUUUUCCCCCUUAACCAAAGUCCUAAAUUAUGUGGUUAUACUAGUCUACGGUUAUCGAUAACCACUAAUCAAAAUACAACUAACAACAACCCAACAAUUAAGAUCUCAUACCGUAUUUGAUAACCACUAUCCACAGUUAUCAGUUCAAUUAUCGAUUAAAAUCAAUAACCUACUAACCAUUUACCACCCAUAAUUUUCACUGAAACCAAAUUAUCGAUCAAUGUUGAUGUGAAAUAUGUCUCCUGAUAAACGAGACGGCACGAUGAAGGCGGCCCAGCCGAUUUAAUCUGGUGAAUUCCCACUGCAGACUUGAUAUAUGCAGCGAUAGAAUAGAAGCCAGAGGAGAAGUCAAAUAGUUGGAAUGGAAUACAAGCCACGCUGAUGUUGCCGAAUUCCCCUGCCUCUCGGUUCCUCUGUAUAAAAAGCAGAGUAUACCAACCCAAGAAAUCACAAACCCAUCUUUCUUCUACUCCAUAUCCACAACAAACUAAAACCCGACGAAACAAACAGACAUUGCCCAACAAUGGCGGCCCUGAACAGCAAGCUGAUCCUCCUAGCUUCCAUCUUCACCCUCGGAGCUCUGGCUUCCUUAGCCAUGGCACGCCACACCCCUCAGGAGGCCGCCACGCGCCUCAGGCACGAGCAGUGGAUGGCGCGCUACGGGCGAGUUUACACCAGCCCCAACGAGAAGGAGACGCGGUACCAGAUAUUCAAAGACAACGUAGCUCUCAUCGACUCCUUCAACGCCGAAGGCGCCAAGCCUUACAGGCUCGGAGUGAACCAGUUUGCGGAUCUGACCAACGAGGAGUUCAGAACGGCUAGGAACAGGUUCAAGGGCCACAUGUGCUCCCCGCAAAAGGGAACAUUUAAGUACGAGAAUGUGACAGGCGUGCCGUCCGCCAUGGACUGGAGGACGAAAGGGGCUGUGACUCCCGUGAAGGACCAAGGCCAGUGCGGAUGCUGCUGGGCGUUUUCGGCCGUGGCGGCGGUGGAAGGGAUCAAUCAGCUCAGUACGGGGAAAUUGGUGUCACUUUCGGAGCAAGAGCUGGUCGAUUGUGACACCAGUGGAGAGGACCAAGGCUGCAAUGGCGGGUUGAUGGACGAUGCUUUCGAGUUCAUCAUCCAGAACAAGGGUUUGACCACCGAGAGCAACUACCCUUACACCGCGGCGGAUGGAUCAUGCAGUGCUGGCAAGGAAGGCAACCACGCGGCUGACAUCAAGGGGUACGAGGACGUGCCAGCCAACAGCGAAUCCGCGCUGUUGAAGGCUGUAGCGAAUCAGCCCAUUUCGGUCGCCAUCGAUGCAGGGGAUUCCUCGUUCCAGUUCUACAAGAGCGGGGUCUUCACCGGAGAGUGUGGUACCGAACUGGACCAUGGUGUGACGGCCGUUGGGUAUGGCGAGAGCGGCGGGAUGAAGUACUGGUUGGUGAAGAACUCUUGGGGAGCUCAGUGGGGAGAAGAGGGAUACAUUCGUAUGCAGAGAGAUGUUUCCGCCGAGGAAGGCCUUUGCGGCAUUGCUAUGCAAGCUUCUUACCCAACUGCUUGAUGAUCUUGCUGGCAGGUGCAGCAUAUGCAAACUUUAAGUAUCCUAUUGUAUGUUGAAUAUGAUUAUCGCUUUGCUGUAAGAAUUGGAGUAUGUAGAUAAGGAAAAUUAUGUGUACAAAUGCUACUAUGUAUUGUAAUAUAAGAAUCAAAACUAA